AUGAAAUCCAAAAUAUUGAACACUGGCUCUAUUCCUGAAAAAAAACCAACCGUUUAUUUAAAUGAUGGGCAAGGAAGAGAUACUUAUAUUUCUUAUAACAAUGGAGGAAAUUUUGCUUAAGAGUUUCGCUUUUUAGUUUCACCUAAAUAGCCUACUUCUUUAAGAUUGAAAUACAACUAUAGUUUACAAUAAGAUUAUUCAUCACCAAGAAUUAAUUAUUAAGGAGAUGGAACAGGCAGAGACACCUAUAUUUUGUAAUUUUUAUUGUUUGAAAAUAAUUAGAUCGAAUGUGAAAGAUAAAUGCAUAACAGGUUAACUAAAUUACAAAUCCAUGCUUAGAAGUGAGACUAAUUUUGGUUAACUUCAAAAGUAAAGAUAUUAAUUGCCACCUCUUGCUAAAUAAAAAAUGGGUCUCGUCUAUUAAUAAUAGAAAGUUUAAUCAAGUAGAUUAUCCAUUCCAAAAGGCAAACUAUUAUUUAAUGAAGAGUGA